UCCCACCAGCAGGCAGCAUGUCCAUCCAAGAGGAGCUGAGGAGUCGCAGGUUCUGGCGUUCAGUCUUGGCAGAACUGGUCGGUUCCCUGAUCCUGGUCUCGGUUAUCCUGGGUGCCUCUGCCCCUGGGCAGGAAGACGGAGUUCCAGUCCUGAUGCAGGUGGCUGUAGCUGCUGGCUUUUCAGCACUCAGCCUGAUCCACUGCUUUGGAGAAAUCAGCGGGGCACAGAUGAACCCAGCUGUCACCCUCGCCUUCUUGUGCACCAGGAAGCUGGACUUUCUCCAGUUCGUGUCCUACCUUCUGGCACAGUGCCUUGGCGCAGUGAUUGGAUCGGGGAUAAUCUACAUGUCACUCCCGGUCAAGUCAACAUCAAGGCUUUUAGUCAACAUGAUCAACAAAGAUGGAAAUGCUGGCCAAGCAUUGGCAAUGGAGAUUUUUGCCACAUUCCAGCUGGUUUUCACAAUAUUUGCUGUGGAUGAUCAUCGGCGCAGGGAAGUGGGAGAGCCUGGAAAUCUGGCAAUAGCCUUUAGCCUGACGACAGGAAUCCUGGCAUCGGGAAAGUUCUCAGGAGGCAGCCUGAAUCCUGCAAGAUCACUUGGACCAGCAGUAAUCACUGGACUCUGGGAGCAUCACUGGGUGUACUGGAUUGGCCCCAUCCUUGGUGCUGUUCUCGGUGGUAUUUCUUACGAGUUCUUUUUUGCCUCCAGUGCCUCCCAAGAGAAGCUCAUUGCCUGUAUCACCUGCAAAGAUAUUGAGAUUGUGGAAACGGCCAGUGUGUCCCGGUCAUCAUUGUUGACGGUCACCCAGUCUGCAAUGCGAGUGAAACCGACUGCAAAAGUGCAGGACCACAGUUAA